CCAAAGUUCACGGCUCUUCAGGUGGACAUAACUAGAUAAGACAGGAUAUUUUUAGAACAGUCGGUCAAUUCCUUUUAUCAUUUUCUCUUUUAUAUCUUUCACUGCAUUUGAAUCCUUCUCUGUGUCUCAGUCUCUCUAUCUCUCGGCCAAUGAGAUGUUACUUCAUCUGCACUUUCAACACCCCUCCCUUCUUCCUAAAACCCUAACAAACGAUAUUUACUCGCCAUUUCCAAUUUCCAUUCGUAAAACAUUCGCUCUCCCGACACCGAAAACCUCCAAAUUCCUUGUCCGGAGCUCUGUUCCAGACCUCCAAAUCCUCCCCAAAUCAGCCAUCCAACGCAUUGCUGAAAAGCUCCGCAGUCUCGGCUUCACGGAAGAAACUUCCUCCCAAGCCACAACCGACAAACCCCAACCUCACAAAACCUCUGCAGGAGAAAUCUUUGUCCCUUUGCCCAAUCGGCUGCCCAAUUACAGGGUCGGCCACACAAUCGACACCAGCUGGAGCACGCCAGAGAACCCGGUUCCGGAACCAGGCUCGGGUACUGCGAUAUCCAGGUAUCAUGAAUUAAGGAGCGAGGUGAUAAGGGAGAAGCAGUUGUUGAAGAAGGAGGUGAGGGUUCCGACGUUGGCGGAGCUGACAUUGCCGGAGGAUGAGCUGAGGAGACUGAGGACAAUUGGAAUCGCGCUGAAGAAGAAGCUGAAGGUUGGGAAAGCAGGGAUUACGGAGGGCAUUGUGAAUGGUAUUCAUGAGCGGUGGAGAAGGACCGAGGUGGUGAAGAUCGUGUGCGAGGACUUAUGUAGAAUGAACAUGAAGAGGACCCAUGACUUAUUGGAGAGGAAAACUGGAGGAUUAGUUGUUUGGCGGUCUGGAAGUAAAAUAAUACUGUAUAGAGGAGCAAAAUAUAAAUAUCCUUACUUCGUAUGUGAUGGAGAUUCUACAAAAGAAAUUCUACCAAAUGACUUACUGAAUAAACAAUUGGAUGAUGGAGAAAUGGAAAAGAUGGAAAGCAGCUUGCCUGGAACAAAGGGUGUAAAAGCUUCUGGACCAAGUGCAAGUGAUAAAACAGCUCAACCCAGAUUAAUUCAAGGUGUUGGUUCUCCAAAUAAGCUACGGUUUCAACUUCCAGGCGAAGCUCAAUUAGUAGAGGAAGCUGACCAUUUAUUGGAUGGAUUGGGCCCUAGAUUCACUGACUGGUGGGGAUACGACCCUCUUCCUGUUGAUGCGGACCUUCUACCAGCUAUUAUUCCUGGAUAUAGGAGACCAUUCCGCCUUCUUCCAUUUGGUGUGAACCCAAAAUUGACAAAUGAUGAAAUGACCACGUUAAAGAGACUUGGCCGACCAUUACCUUGCCAUUUUGCAUUAGGUAGGAAUAGAAAACUUCAUGGAUUGGCUGCUGCAAUUAUCAAGCUCUGGGAGAGAUGUGAGAUUGCCAAAAUUGCUGUUAAGAGAGGAGUACAGAACACUAACAGCGAAUUGAUGUCUGAAGAGUUAAAAUGGCUGACAGGGGGAGUUUUGUUGUCUCGAGAUAGGGAAUUUAUUGUCUUGUAUAGAGGAAAGGAUUUCCUGCCAUCUGCUGUUUCUUCUGCAAUUGAAGAGCGGAGAAGGCAUGAAAAGCGGAUUGGAGAAUUUGCUGAGGGUGAUAUGCUGAGAAACAAAGAAGUUGGGGAGACUAAGGAUCAGAAAGGAACUCUUCAUUCUGUAUCAAGUCAAAUAAGUUCUCCUGAGGCAGUUAUUAAAAGAACUAGCACAAAGUUGUCAAUGGCCCUAGAAAAGAAAGCAAAGGCUGAGAAACUUCUAGCAGAGCUCGAGAAAAUGGAGAUUCCCCCAACUGAAGUAGAUAAAGAGUGUAUAACUGAAGAAGAAAGAUAUAUGCUUAGGAAGGUUGGCUUGAGAAUGAAGCCUUUCUUACUGCUGGGUAGGCGUGGUGUGUUUGACGGAACUAUUGAAAAUAUGCAUCUUCAUUGGAAAUAUAGGGAACUUGUAAAAAUAAUUGCCAAAGAGAGAAACAUUGAAGCUGCUCGCCAAGUAGCAAAGACAUUGGAAGAAGAAAGUGGUGGCAUAUUGAUUGCUGUGGAGACAGUGAGUAAAGGUUAUGCAAUCAUUGUUUAUCGUGGAAAGAAUUAUCUCCGGCCUACUCGUUUGAGGCCUCAGACAUUACUAAAUAAAAGGGAAGCAAUGAAGCGCUCUCUGGAGGCACAGCGUCAAGAGUCUCUGAAACUACAUGUCUUAAAACUUACCAAAAAUAUAGAUGAUAUGAAGCGUCAGCUGGCUAGCAACGAAGAUGAGUGGGAUUCAAAUUCCAUGAUCACUAAUAGCAUGGAUACUACAGGAAAUUCUCUACAAACCAGCCAAGAGGCUAAGUUGGAAGAAACAAAGGACAAUGAUAAUAAUGCUGAGCAGUUUUUAUCCAAUAACGAACCAGAGGAUUUAUUGCUAGAACAAACCAAACAAAAUUCACAAAUAGGACGUGAAUCAGUAAUAAAAAAUGGAUCAAGUAUGAUGGUGUCCAGAAUCAGAAGUCUGUCCAACAAGGAAAGGCUUCUAUUGCGGAAGCAAGCGCUGAAUAUGAAGAAAUGCCCUCUGUUUGCAGUAGGGAGAAGUAAUCUCAUCAGUGGUGUAGCAAAAGUGAUCAAGGCGCACUUCGAAAAGAACCCUCUUGCUAUAGUGAAUGUCAAAGGCAGAGCCAAAGGAACCUCUGUGCAAGAAGUGGUUUUAAAGCUGCAGGAAGCCACUGGUGGAGUUCUAGUCUCUCAGGAGCCUAGCAAAGUCAUACUAUAUAGGGGUUGGGGUGCAGGAGCUGGACCUGGCUAUCGUUAUAACAAAGAAAGAGAUGCAGGGAUCACAUCAGAGGACAAUGGUCGGCCCUUUGUGUCUCCUGAGCUCAUUGCAGCCAUCAAACUUGAAUGCGGACUGGACUGCCAGGAGGAAGCAGCUCAGCGGGCGGGAAGCUAAGGUUUAUAUGCUGUUUAUCUGAACCCUGAAAAUUAUUUUCUUGCCACCUCCUUAAUUUGUGCCCAAGAAAAGGUAUCAAGAUCAGAUGGUUUAUGGUGUUUUGAGGCUAAUGGUUUGGGUCCUUCCUUGAGUCUUAUUUAAUGGUCUCUGGUAAAGCUACCUCUAGCCAUCUCAGUGAAAUUGACGAAGGGAAAUUGGUAGUCUUCGAGGUUUUCUAACAUGGAAAUCUUUGUCACCGGAUUUUAGUUUUAUUGAUCUAAUAAAUCUAGCUUCCUGUUUGUACAUACCAUGUAACAGGAGUAGAGGAUUUGUGUUAAGACAUUCUGAAAUGAAUGCAAAUUUACAGGAUAUGACUGUAAAAUAUCUACUAAGAAGAAAAAAUCUCUCGUGCAUAUUUGUUGAUGAGAAAUCAUGGCACCAUACACGAGUGCUUGUGCAAA